AUGGACUCCAUGAGCCGAGCCUUACGAAGGGCUGCUCGGUCACCAUUCUCAGACGAAAUUGAACGGGCCCCUAUGCCGAGUAGAUUUACAAGACCGCCAUUCAAUUCCUACAACGGGAAGACGGACCCUGUGGAGCAUGUCAGUCAUUAUAUCCACAUGAUGUCCUUGCUUGCACACAAUGAUGCCUUGAUGUGUAAGGUAUUCCCCUCCAGUCUCGGUUCCACGGCCCUGAGAUGGUUCAACGGGUUACGAAAAGGCUCCAUUCGUAGCUUUGCCGAACUGAUUCAAGAAUUCGGCAGUAGAUUCAUGACAUGCAGCCGAGUGCCGCAGCCGGUGGAUGCGCUACUUUCCAUAAAGAUGAGGGUCGGUGAAACCCUUCGGAGUUACGCCAGCCGGUACUGGGAACUCUACAACGAGAUCGGUGGAGGAAAUGAGAAGAUAGCGGCAAGCACCUUCAGGAUGGGGCUCCCCGAAGAUUCUAAAUUACGGGAGUCGUUGACGAAAAGACCUCCCGAGGAUAUGAGGCAACUUAUAAGGCGCAGUGAGGAGUAUAAACGCCUGGAAGAUGAUCAGCUACAAAAUAAGGGGAAAGCCCCGUUACUCGGGAGAUCUCAGCAGGGCAUUAUCCCAGCAAGACCGAAAAAAGAUUUCAAGAUGCAAGAGCCAGAGGCGCAAAUUGAGGGAGUUAAUGUGGCGUUCAAAGAACCUGUGCACAAAAUUCUAGAUUGGAUUAAGAACGAAUCAUUCUUCAGAAGCCAAUCCCGACCAAAUAAACUCCGUGAUCGCCUCAUACCACCGAGCGAUUCGAAGGAAGUACAGGUGCUAACCGGGAUGUUAGCCGCCCUAAACCGAUUCAUCUCCAAAUUCGCGGAUCGCUGCAGACCAUUUUAUCAACUUCUGAAGAAGUGGAAGGUGUUUCAUUGGGACGAGGAAUGCGACAAGGCCUUUCGAGAACUGAAGGAGUACUUGGCAAAAGCACCCAUGUUAACAGCCUCGGAGUCCGAGGCGGAUUUGUUUAUGUACCUCUCAGUGUCUGACCAUGCCGUGAGUGCUGUGUUACUAAGAGACCAAGGAGUACAGCAGCCAGUGUAUUACAUAAGCAAAACCUUAGUAGAUGCCGAGACGAGAUACCUGCCCCUUGAGAAGCUAGUUUUGGCACUAGUGCACGUCACGAGGAAGUUGCCGCAUUACUUUCAGGCUCAUACGGUAUUCGUCCUCACCGAAUAUCCCCUGCAGUCGUUGCUAAAGAGAUCGGACUUCACGGGCCAAAUAGCCAAAUGGGGAACUCGUUUGGGUUCGUUCGACAUAAGGUACCGACCGCGAAGCUCGGUAAAGGGACAGGUUCUUGCUGACUUCAUUGCAGAAUUCACCCCCAAGAGCGAUGGGAAGAUAAUAUGUAAUGCGGAGCGUCGUCCAUGGAAAGUGUUUGUAGACGACGCUUCGAAUGCUAUGGGGGCUGGAGCUGGUAUUGUCAUAAUCACCCCGAAGGGCAUACGAUUAGAACACUCCUUCAGAUUAGGAUUCAAAACCUCAAACAACGAAGCCGAGUACGAGGCCUUCCUGGCCGGGUUGAGGGCCGUAUUGUGUUUAGGCGCGAAAGAUGUUGAGAUUUAUUCGGACUCUCGACUGGUCGUUUAUCAAAUCUUAGGAAGCUUCGAAGCUCAGGACUCUCGGAUGAAAGCCUAUCUGAGUGCAGCUAAGCAGAUCAUUGGCUGGUUCGGGACAGUGAAGGUAGCCCAGGUAGGUCGGGCACAAAACAGACAUGCCGACUCGCUGGCCACAUUGGCUUCAUCCUCUACCGAGAAUAUACCUCGGGUAGUCAAGAUAAAGCUUAUAAGGGAGCCAAGCAUCGAGGUGAAAAGUGAUGACAACCUAGCUGGGGUUGAAGUUGCCAUGAUGUCAAUGGCAAAUCCGUGUUGGAUGAACCCGAUCAUAGACUUCAUAGCUGAGGAUAAAGGUCCGGACGAUGAAAAGGAGGCCAAAAAGAUUCGUCGAGUGGUUUCCCGGUACUGGCUGUCGGCAGAUCGCAAGUUGUACCAGAGGUCUUUCGCAGGCCCUUACCUUUUAUGUCUACAUCCUGAGAAAGUGAACGAACUUCUGACCGAGCUGCAUGAUGGAGUGUGUGGUGGCCAUGUCGGGGGACGGUCUCUAGCGCACAGGGCCAUGACCCAGGGGUUUUGGUGGCCACAGAUGCAGAAGGAUGCCGUGGAAUAUGUCAAGAGGUGUGAACAAUGCCAAAAGCACGCCCCUCUGAUCCACCAACCGGUGGAAGCCGAGGCCUUAGCCAACAUUCGGGAUAUCGACGUGAAAAAGUUUGUGUGGAAAAACAUAGUCACAAGGUUUGGGGUACCGAACUCACUAGUAUCAGACAACGGGCUACAAUUCGAUAGCAAAGCUUUCCGAGCCUUCUGCAGCGAUCUUGGCAUUAAGAACAAGUACUCAACCCCGGCAUACCCUCAAAGCAAUGGCCAAGCUGAGGCAGUGAACAAGACAAUUUUGAACGGGUUGAAGAGGAGGUUGGACGGGGCAAAGGGAAGAUGGGUUGAAGAGCUGCCUAACGUUUUAUGGGCUUACCGUACGACUCCCAGAAGAUCCACGGGUGAGACCCCUUUCUCUUUGACAUAUGGGGCAGAGGCCGUAAUACCAACCGAGGUGAGCUUGUGCAGUGCACGGGUCGCAGGAUUUGACCUUAGCUUGAACGCCGACCUGAUGAUGGAGCGCUUGGACUGGUUAGAAGAAUGCCGGGAGGCCGCAACCAUACGACUCGCGGAGUACCAGCAGAAACUGUCCCAGAGAUAUAACCAAUAUGUAAAGGGGAGGGAAUUCAGCGCCAGGGAACUGGUUCUAAGGAGGGUCGUGGGAAACAUGCGAGACGUAGCUGCCGGGAAGCUUGCUCAAACAUGGGAAGGGCCGUACAGGAUUACCGCCAUCGCUGGCGCGGGGGCUUACUACCUGGAAGAUCUUGACGAGGGGCCGUUCCCUCAGCCAUGGAAUGCUCACAAUUUAAAGAAGUUCUACCCGUGA